CAUCCACUCAUACCUGGCCUCCGUGGGCUGCACUGACAGGAAGUCAAAAGCCUCUGAGCAUCUGAAGCUCAUUUUAAAAGCACCUCACCUCUUUGCAAAUCAGCUCCCAGACAGGAGUUGUCCCGGUUGGAAAAGGCGGUGAUGUCGUGGGACUGUGGUCUGAGGUACGUGUUCUCCGUGUCCCCUACGCUGCAGCCGAGCGGCAUGUGCAUCCUGCAUGAUAAGGAGGACUUGUCCAAACUGGAGAUGGUCCAGAGACUGGCCAAGGAUGGCUGCCGCUUCUUGCAGAAUCACAGCAAGGGCCCGGAGAGGACAUCUGAGCCUGUCCAGAGUGACGAGGCGGUCCGUGUGCUGGAGUGGGGCCGCUGUGUGUUGGUCCUUCAGAGGAUGUCGUCACAGCCACCAGCGAGGGGAGGAGGGAGGGAGGCGGAGGAGGAGGAGGCGAGGAAGAGGAGGUACACGGUGGUGUCAGGGACACCUGAGAAGAUCCUGGAUCACCUGCUGAAUGACCUGACGCUGGAUGAGGACCCGGUGGCAUCACAGGGCAAAGAACCAGACGCGCUUCUGGACGACUUUCUGUUGACCUACCCGGUGUUCAUGUCAACCAGCGAUUUAUGCCAAGCUCUUCUGGGACAUUAUUGCUGCAAACGAUGCAGACUGAAAGAGCAAGCCAUGGAGGCUCUGGAGAGGAAACAGAAAGUAGUACACCUGGUGUCGCAGUGGAUACUGCUCUGCAGGGACUUCCUGAGAGAGGACGAACAUGUCAAAUUGUUCAUGAAGACUUUGUACCGCUACAUGGUGGAUGACCUUUACGAGCACCCGGCUUUGGAAGGUGAUGUGAGAGAGCUGCAGAAGCUCUACCAGUUGCAUCGCAGAACCACGGUGGAGGAAUAUUCCCCGCAAAGAAAGAGCAAAGCACUUUUCCACCAAUUGAGCCUGAAAGACAACGGCCUCCUGUCCAGGGCCACACAAAGAGAAACAAAGGAAGUACCGUGUCAUGUCUACAUUACGAUGGACUCUUACCUAAGCAUGAGGGCCCAACCUGGGGUUGUGGCUCAGGAGCUGCUGCGGGUGGUGGCUGAGAGGAUGGACAUCUCCCAGGGGGAACUGGUGCUGGUUGCUGUCACUUAUCCCGGAGGCAGACUCCUCCUGCAGCCUCACGACAGAGUUUUCUCUCAUUUGCUGCUGCCGGUGGGAAGACUGCAUGUAUGCAGGAAGGAUCUUGGUGAAGUCAUGAAUCCGCUAACGGAAAACUCCAAACUGCAACAAAGAACUGCUCGCAUGCUUAGUUUAAACACUUGGGACGUGGCCGUGGCUCUCAGCAAUAUUGACUGGUCCAUCUUUGACUCCAUACAUGAGCAAGAGCUCAUCUACUUCACAUUCAGACGUCAUAAUAGCGGCAGCCACACGGCGGCGCUAGAGCGGUUGCUGCAGCGCUGCAAUGAGCUCCAGCUGUGGGUGAUGACCGAGGUGCUGCUGUGCACAGGGCUCUGUCAAAGAGUACAACUCAUCAAGAAGUUCAUCAAAAUAGCGGACCACUGCAAAGCACAGAGGAACCUCCACUGUUUCUUUGCCAUCAUAAUGGGCCUCAACACGGCAGCUGUCAGCCGCCUCAGUCAGACAUGGGAGAAAAUUCCUGGAAAAUUCAAGAAGCUGUUUUCAGAGCUGGAGACCAUCACGGAUCCCUCGCUAAACCAUAAGGCCUACAGGGACACCUUCAAGAAGAUGAAGGCGCCAAAGAUCCCCUUUCUUCCUCUGCUACUUAAAGAUAUCACAUUCAUUCAUGAAGGCAACAAGACUUUUCAUGACAAUCUGGUUAAUUUUGAAAAACUGCACAUGAUAGCAGACACAGUCCGCAUCAUCAGGCACUGUCAGAAAGAUCAUUUGGGUAACGGCAUCACCCAGAAGAGCGGUACAGAUGUACGUGCUUAUAUGGAUUACCUUCACAUCAUCGACAAUCAGCAGACCCUGUUUGAACUGUCACACAGGCUGGAGCCGCGACCUUGAGAUGAAGGACAUCUUACUGUAGCCUACUGACUCUUCCAACAACUCAGGGCCGUGUCAGCAAUCCAUGGUCUUGCACCUGGACGACCACUAGAGGAAGCUGCUGGUCAAUCAGGAAAUUAUUAUCAGUGACAUAGAGAGAAAAAAUGACAGCAUUGUUUUUUUUUUUUUUUACAACAUAUAUUUUUGUAAAGAGUCACCAUGUUUGUAUUAUUUUGCUGCAUUUCUCAUUGACAAUGUGUACUCUGCUGGUGGUAGUUACUCUUACGUCCACCAGGUGGCAGCAUUUAGCACACAUUCGAAUGAGUCUCUUCUGCGGAAGUUUAGACUACACUUGACUGACAGCUACAAGUUAAUAUAUAUAUUUAAAAAAUACAUCAAAAAUAAACAUUUUGUUUGGCGUAUCACUGAUGUUCGCCAUUCACCGGCAGGCACAGAACGGAACAUGACCCCCCCUGUAGACACAUGAAUUCAUUAAGAUGGCAGAAUGGCAAUGCAAAUUUAACCAAAGAGUAUUUUAGUAAAGAAAUCUUAAUCUUAAAUUGAGCAUAAUCUGUAUCCAUAGUGUUUAUAUUGUGGAACAAUUACUGUACAAACCCAAGCACGUAUUUUACGUAUCGACGUCAAUCAAUGAAGAUGAUCAUUUUUGGACCGAUUGUGUGAUCUUUCAUACCGAUGUGAAGCACUACAGUGGUUAGGAAGCACUGUCAGAAAAUGAUUAACACAAUUUAGUGCAGGAAAUUAUCAUAAGGGGGAAAAAGUACAAACGACAGGAAUCGUUGCAGGUCAAAGGUCAUGUAUGUUAGUACCAAAAACCAACAAUUCCCAUUUAAAUAAACGCUGCGGACAAUCAAAAUAAUGUAGCAGCAAGACACACUCGACCAUAUCAGUCUAUUUACUAAUUUUGUUUCAUAAUGGCAUUCCUAUUAAGAAGCAUCAGCAGAUGUACAGGUAUAUUCUAGUAUGGUGUAUGGAUAAUUAUAGAAAAUAAUAGAAAAACUUCAAGUUGUUGCUGCUGCCGUAAAUCUAGAUUAUUUUAGGUAAAAGCGUCAUAGAAUGUGUAUUAUAUUUAUUUGUAUAGUUUUAAUCAUGACAAUGGGAGUAUGAUUCUGCCAACAAAGUGUUAACAAUGUUUUCUUUCUAUUUAUGCUGUAUUGAUAAAAAAAAAAUGUGUGCAUAUUCUCGAUAAAAUUUCAGAAUCAUUAUCCUCAUUCUCUCCAUGUUUUUGUGAGUGCUGUCGGAGUGACAUGGCAAACGGUGAAUUGACACAGUGUCCACGUAAUAAAAUAUU